CAGCAGACGGCGGAUGUGCGUCUUUCAGGCGACGCUGCCAGCGUGACGUAUAAUCUAGUGGACGGUUCUUUAGAAACAGCUCGUCAACCACCUCGGUAGCUUGCUAGCCAAUAUAGCCGAAAGAUUCAAGCUAUUUAGACGCUUUUGGUGUAUAUUACCUACUGUGUUUUAGACACACUUAUAUCGUAUCUACUUGUUUACCUAUUUAAUUUAAUAUUACGUUAUUUUGUAUUAGUCAGCUAUAGUAGCUGGCUGGUUAAGUUAGUACUAGCCUAGUCGCUAAUGAUAGAUAGCUAACAUCCCCGAACAUGAGCUCCCUAAACUACUCCCCUCCUGUUAAAGAAGCUCUGGGGAUGAACAUUGUCGUGAAAGAUGAGAAGGAAGAGAAGGAUGUCACAGUAAAACAACAAGUAGAGGGUGAGGCUGUUACAGUGAAAGAAGAGAGAGACGUUUCAGUUAAAGAAGAGGAAGCCGCGUUCAGAGUGAAAGAGGAGGAGGAUGUUACAGUAAAGGAAGAGAAAGAGGAUGCAGUUUUCAGAGUGAAAGAGGAGGAGGGGGAGAUGACUGUCACAUUGAAAGAAGAAGAGGUGGAGAAAGGAGAUCUGAUUAACACCAGAGAGAGACCAGACUCUCCCUCUGACAGCGGGAAGAGUCCUUCAGGAGAAUCAGACCCAGAGAAGAGUCCUUCAGGGGAACCAGACCCAGGGAAUAGUCCUUCAUGGGAAUCAGACCCAGAGAUGCCCAAAGCAAUAGGAGGACAUCACUGCUCCCACUGUGGAAAAAGUUUUAACAAGUUAGGGAGCCUGAAGAAACAUGAGGACACACACAGGAAAAAAUACUUUCCAAUGUUCCCAGUGUGGAAAGAGUUAACGAAUUAGGGUACCUAUUAAUACAUAAGAUAACACUCUGGAGAGAAGCCUUACCACUGCUCCAAAUGUGGAAUGACUUUUACCUGGUUAGGUAGCUUGAAAACACAUGAGAGAAUACACACUGGAGAAAAUCCUUUUCAAUGAUCCCACUGUGGAAAGAAUUUUACCCAGUUAGAGAACCUAAAUCAACACAAGAGGACACAUACACGGGAGAAGCCUUACCAAUGCUCUCAGUGUGAAAAGAUUUUUAGGGGUAUAGUGAGCCUGAAACAGAAUAAGAGAAUACGCACAGGAGAGAAGCCUUAUCACUGUUCCCAGUGUGAAAAGAGUUUUAGGGGUAUAGUGAGCCUGAAACAGAAUAAGAGAAUACGCACAGGAGAGAAGCCUUAUCACUGUUCCCAGUGUGAAAAGAGUUUUAGAUGGUUAGGGACCAUGAAAAUGCAUGAGAGGACACACAGGAGAAAAGCCUUACCAAUGCACCAUGUGUGGAAAGAGAUUUACCCAGUUAAAGUCCAUGAAAUUACAUGGAAGAAUACAUACAGGAGAUAAGCCUUACCACUGCUCCCACAAAUCUCAUGAGAGAAUACACACAGGAGAGAAGCCUUAUCAAUGUUCCCAGUGUGAAAAUAAUUUUAGGGGUUUAGUGAACCUGAAACAGCAUGAGAGGACACUCCCACAAGAAAAUCCCUACCAAUGCUCCCUGUGUGGAAAGAGUUUUACCAAGUUACGGGGUCUGACAAGGCAUGAGAGGACACACACAGGAGGGGAUAAGACGUACCACUGCUCCCUGUGUGGCAAGAGAUUUAACAGGUUAAGGAAUCUGAAUAAGCAUGAAAGAAUACAUACACAGGAGGAGAAGACGUACCACUGCUCUCAUUGUGGAAAUACAUUUUCCCAGUCAGAGGACCUGGAAUCACACAAGAGAAUAGAGAGGCUUUGUUCUGAUUUAUGUUUUUGACUUAGAAUUUGUUCUUGUUUAUGCCACUUUAAAUCAUACUGUUUAUAUGAAUUCUUAUUCAACAAUAGACGUGAUUUUGUAUUUCGAGACAUAUCUGAAAUCAGAUUAAAUUGUUAAAAUGUG